AAUCAAUAAGAUUAGUAAGAUUUAAUAUAAAAGAGAUAAAGUCAUGGAACUCUUAAAAAGAAAAUUAUAUGCAAAAAUUUUGAUGAUGGUAAUGGUGAUAUGGAUUGCACCUAUGACUAACGGUCAUGAUCAUGCAAGCCACGUACCCGGUGGAAGACCCGGUGCCCACCCAUCCCAUGGCGCCCACCCAGCCCAUGGCGCCCACCCAUCCCAUGGUGCUCACCCAUCCCAUGGUGCCCACCCAUCCCAUGGUGCUCACCCAUCCCAUGGCGCCCUCCCAUCCCAUGGUGGCCAAGUGCCGCAUUCUGGUUGGGGUCAUGGCCGUGCCACAUUCUACGGUGACAUCAAUGGUGGAGAAACUCAACAGGGAGCUUGUGGAUAUGGUGAUCUACACAAACAAGGAUAUGGUCUAGAGACCGCAGCACUAAGCACCGCACUAUUUAACAACGGCUCAAGGUGUGGGGCUUGUUACGAGAUCAUGUGCGAACACGCUCCACAAUGGUGUUUGCCAGGUUCCAUCAAGAUCACAGCUACAAACUUCUGUCCACCAGAUUUUACCAAGCCCAAUGACAAUUGGUGCAACCCGCCACAAAAACACUUUGAUCUCUCGCAACCAAUGUUCCUCAAAAUAGCUAAAUACAAAGCCGGGGUUGUCCCGGUUAAAUUUAGACGUGUUCCUUGUGCGAAAAUCGGAGGUGUCAAGUUUGAAAUCAAGGGAAAUCCUCAUUUCUUAAUGAUCUUACCGUACAAUGUAGGAGGAGCUGGAGCUGUUAGGGCUAUGCAAAUUAAGGGAACAAGGACCCAGUGGAUUGCGAUGAAGAAGAAUUGGGGACAGAUUUGGAGCACUGGUGUUGUGUUGACCGGACAAUGUUUAUCGUUUAGGCUUACCACAAGUGAUGGAGUUAUGAAAGAGUUUAUUGAUGUUACACCGCCGGACUGGAAAUGUAAUGGACAGAGUUUUGAUGGAAAGGUUAAUUUUUAGAAAAUGAAUUUGAGUUUUGUUAGUUAAUACUUGCAAGUAACUAAGAAGAGAGGGUUACUGGUAGGUCAAUUAAUUUGUAAUAUAAAAAUAUUUGUUGUUAUUGGUUAACGAAUUCCUGUUUUGAAUUCUUGCUAAAUAUAAUUGGUUUGAUGAUUUUGUAACUCUACUCAAACUUCUUUCUGAUAUUCUAUGUACAAUAAGUGUAACAAAGACUGCAAACUGGAGUUAAUAACAUUCAAAACUUUUAG